AUGUUUUCAAGAAUUGUCUAAUUUAAAAUUUAUGGCAAAAUUGAUGAAAAACUGUAUUAACUAAUUUCAUUAUUUAGAACCUAAAAAGUCUAUAAAAGUAUAUAGUAAACUAAACUAAUUAAACCAAAAUUAGUGACUAUUCAUAUCCAUGGAGAAGGCUCACUUGUUUAAUCUAAAUGUAUUGCAUCUGCUAUUUAAAAUUAUGCAAAAUAUUAUAAGUAAUCUUGAAACUAUAUUUAUACAGAGUGCCUCUUUAUACUUUUGGAGAAGAUUUUGUUAUGAACAGUUCUGUGUAUUUAAUGACCAUAGGAGACAAAAAUUAUGCAAGUGAAUUUUCAAUAAUAGGAGAUUUUGGAUAUGUUCAAAGAAGAUUGGGAUAUAAGUAAAUAAUGGAAAAUUUGGGAAUGUAUUAAAAUAGAUGAUUAAAUUAAGAGAACAUAAAUUUAUUCACAGUGGUGAAAAAAAAGUAAAAUUGAGUCCAUAUGAUGAUUUAAAAGAAGAAGAUAUAAAAUGGUAGAAAGAAUUUUAAAAGAUUAUAGGAUGGAAGGUUAACUUUAAUAUAGAGAGAGUAGAUUAAAAGAAGAGAUAACUUAAAACAGAAAGUAAAAAGUAAAUCAAGAAUUGUGGAAUAACAUAUUGUUGACAGGAGAAUAGGCAUUAAAAUAUGGUUUAGUUGAUGGAGUGGGUAUUUUCGAUGAUGUUAGAGAGAAAGAAUAUAAAGGAAUGAAAACAUACGAUAUUUUGUCUAAUGUUUUAGAUUAUUAUGUUCCUGCCAAGUAUAAAAAUUAAAAAAUAAAUCUAGUGCAACAUUCUCUAAUUACUUACCGAUUUGA